AUUUGAGAUCUCGUUUUGCUUUAGAUCACGUGGUCAAAUAAAUUAAAGAUGGCGGACCCCAAAUACGCAAAUUUACCGGGGAUCGAUACCCAACCAGACGUAUAUGAGACCACUGACCUGCCAGAGGAUGACCAACAACAAGAAGUGGAGGAGCUUAAAAGUGAGAGUGUCGAGCAGCUAAGUGUGGACCCAAACACGGCCUUCGGCAAAUUCAAGGACAAGAAGUUAGUGAGUGGAAAAAUAGAUUUUUCUGAUCGAGUGAGCCACUCCAGAAGAACAGGUUAUUACGUGCCCAGAACAGAGUAUGAAAUUCUGGAGGAAGGGACCGAAGUCAAGGAGACUCCGGUGCAAAAAUUCCAGCGUCUUCAGCAUGAGAUCAGAGAGCUUUCAGACGAAGUGGAACAACUCAAACAAACAGCGGAGGACUCCAAAUCGCCGAGUGUGACGUCAAUCUCCUUGAUCCAGCAGGUGGGUGUGCUACAGGAGCAGCUAUAUGGCCUACACCUGGAGAAGAUUCUGGGCUCAGAUGCUAUGAUAGAAGCAGCUGACCCACAGGGAACGCUACCAAAGAAGUUAGUCAGCCAGCUGGAGGCUUACAAGAAUCUCAGUGUGCAAUCGUCAGGGAAAUCCCCUGCCAAGUCGGACCAGAAGGCCCAAGACGGCUGCAUCACAUACGAGCUGCACUACAACCCAGAACAGGCCAAGUUUGCCCAACUCUCCAAGGCAUCAGAGUUGGAACAAAGACUAGCAAGACUAGAGGCCGUCAUUGGGCAAGACCCGCAAAAACUUUCUUUCCUGACAGCAGACACAAGCUCCAAGUGUCUUACGGAAGCAGUAACCCAGUUGCAGGCUCAGAUCAGCCUGCUGGAUCCCAUCCAGCUGGAUCACGCUGAUGCCCGCAUCCAGGGACUCCUACAGCAUCUCAGUCAGGUCAAGGAGAAGAAGAAGACGGCAGAGGAUGCAGGCAAGGAGAGUAAGAUCUCGGAGUUGUAUGACAUGGUGGAGAAGUGGGACGGUAUUGCAGACACAGUGCCUGCUGUCGUAGAACGACUACAAGCCCUGAAAGAUCUGCAUGAGCAAGCCCUACAGUUCAGUCAAGCCCUUAGUCAUCUGGACACUGCUCAACAGCACCUGACUACAAACCUGAAUGGCCAAGACACCCUGUUGAAAGAGCUGCAGGGGUCCUUUGCAGCCAACAUGGCCUGCAUCCAGGCCAACUGUCAGUCUCUGGAAGAACGUAUGAAGAAAUUCCAGAAGUAAAAGUCUAUCAAGAGAUAUUUGACUAUUUAUUGCAGUAUAAAGAUUGUGCUCAUAUUGUCUAACUGUUCACUCUGGAUGAUUUCAAAACCUUUUUGUCACUGGUUUUAAAGAGUCUAUAUAAAAUAAUUUUUGUUCGUGAAAUGCAUCCUUGUUUUCAAUUUUCUCCACUUUUUGUCCAUACGAGUUUGCAUAUUCAUGAGCAAAACCGUGAUGUCAUUUAAGGCAGAGGCCGCAGUGUUACAGCUGCUGCAGCACCAACAAUAUGCCAUUGUUAGUGAACUCAUUGAAGAAGUCAUAAUAUGAGCACAAUCUGAAAUGUACAAGCCAAGUGUUGCCAUUUUGCUGUUAUUUUCCUUAUCAUGUAUUUAGGAAAACAUUGGGUCCAUCAUUUGAAUAUUUGAUAAAUUAUCUUGGGGCCCGUCUCGAUUCAUAUCUGGGACGAGUUCCAGACAAGUUGCAGGUAGAGUCAUUCACUUUGUCCGGAAGAUGCUCUGUACUUGUCCUGGACAUGUUCCGAGGAAAUUUUCAUUAGCAACUGCUUGACUCAUCCAUACUGAUAACUUCAUUGCGGGAAGAUUGCGGGGAAGUUGUUCAGAACCCUGCAACUUCUACCCGAUACAAUGUCCGCAACUUGUCCGGAACUCAUACUGCAUAUGAAUUGAGACGAGCCCUUAGUUACUGGUUUAAGUUUCUUUGAUUUGAAAUUUUAUUUCAUUUUGCAUUUUGCUAUUUCAUUUUUUUUUUUUUAAUGUUUGAAACAAAGCUCACAACAAUUUGAAUUUUAUCAGAAGACAAAACUGCAAAAUGGUAUUUUAAUGGUAUAAAUUUUGUCAUUUCUGGUCAUGCAAUUUUUACAUAAUUGAUUUUUGUUCAGGGCUUAAUAAUUUAUUUUCAGAAUUGAUUACUACUGAUCUUCCAAAUGUCAAGUUGUGCAUAAGUGGUUAGCAAUGAAUCAAUCAAACAGUAACUGUAGCUUCAUGUGAUUGUCAACAAGCUUGUAAAAUUAUGUAAAUUGCAUGAAUGAAAUGUGACUCAAUGGAACAGCCAUAUUAACGUGUAAAUAGUGUAGAUCCCUGUAUCCCAAGCCCCAGUCUUUGAUGUAAAACCCAUAUGCACAAAACUAGACUUAAGCGCAGAAAGUCUGUACUUCGUGUACGUGUAUACGCCUUCUCUGCAGUGGGUUAAGCAGUAACCAGCUUUUGUUUUUGUUUCACAUUUUCAAAUAAACUUCAUGUAUUAUUUGGGGCAAAGUGA